AUGUGUAAGCACUUAAAAGAUGCUAGAAAUUUAUUUAAUGCUUUGGAGGCACUCUAUGUUCAUUUCUCUCAUCCAACAAGAAACAUGAAGCUUACUGAUUUACAACUUAAAUUGAAUAUGAAAAAGACAACACUUUCUCAGUUAAGUGACACUCAUUGGAUUUGCUGCUGUAAAAGCUGUGACGCAAUGAUAAUAAAUUUUAAUGCCAUAGCUCAAGUUUUAAAUAAUGAAAUUGAUGAUCAACAAAGUAAAUGUGUUGCCCAAGCAAUUGAUAAUAGUUGA